CCCGCCUCCGCCCUGGGCCUCCCCGGGUCGAAGCCCUCCCGGAGCUGCACAAUGCGCGGGGACCAGGCCACGUCUUGGUACCGGCGGAUGUCUGUGGUCUACGCGGUGGGCGCCUGGACCACGCUGGGCUCCAUGUUUUAUUUAGGCCGGAAAAAACGCAAGCCACCAGUAGAGCAAAAGGAUGUCUCAAGAAAUGAAAUGCUUGAGCCCCCAAAAGGAUUUUACUUGGAAACAAUUGUCACAUAUAAAGAAGAUUCGGUUCCAGUCUCUGACAAGAUCCUCAACUUUCUGAAAUCAUGGACUGGUGGCCCUGGAGGGGAACCAUGAUUAGCUGCUGAAUGCUGAAAACUGGGACUUUGGUUCAGCAUAUACAUUUCAUGGAUGCCUUGAUUUCCAAUUUAUGUUUAUGGAGAGUGUAUCCAUUUAAUUUAAUUUUGCUGUAAAAUAUAAUCACUCGUAG